CGGAAGCGGCGGCGGCAGCUCCGGGCCGUCCACGUGGCUCGUCGUAGGAGUAGCCGUCGGCGGCGUCGUGCUGCUGCUGCUCUCCAGCUUCAUCUGCCUCUGCUGCCUCCGUAAGAAGCGCCGCCGGCCGCAGCCGCCGCCUCAGCACUACGGAUACCCGCCGCCUCCGCCACCGUACAAGGAGGAUCCAUAUGGUGGAACAUACCAGAGUUGGCAGCAAAAUGCGCCUCCUCCUCAACCCCCUGAACAUGUGGUCAAGAUGCACCCUUCGCCUCCGCCAGCAUAUGCCAAUCGUCCUCCACAGCCGCCGCCACCGCCACCACCAGCGAUGCUAAAUAGUAGUGGUGGAUCUGGUUCUAACUACUCUGGUGGCGAGAUCCUACCUCCACCAUCCCCUGGUGCUGCUCUCGGCUUCUCCUCGAAGAGCACAUUCACCUACGAAGAGUUGUUGAGGGCAACUGAUGGGUUCUCUGAUGCUAAUCUCCUUGGACAAGGUGGUUUUGGGUAUGUUCACAGAGGAUUGCUUCCUAAUGGCAAAGAGAUCGCUGUAAAACAAUUGAAACUUGGAAGUGGCCAGGGAGAGCGUGAGUUCCAGGCUGAGGUUGAGAUUAUCAGCCGAGUACAUCACAAACAUCUUGUGUCUUUGGUUGGCUAUUGCAUUUCUGGAGGCAAGAGGUUGCUUGUCUACGAGUUUGUCCCCAACAACACAUUGGAGUUCCACUUGCAUGCGAAAGAUCGACCAACAAUGGAGUGGCCCACUAGAUUAAAGAUCGCUCUGGGUGCUGCCAAGGGUUUAGCUUAUCUUCAUGAAGACUGCCAUCCGAAGAUCAUCCACCGUGACAUAAAGGCAUCUAACAUUCUUCUUGACUUCAAAUUUGAAGCUAAGGUUGCUGAUUUUGGACUUGCAAAGUUCACUACUGAUAACAACACUCAUGUUUCGACAAGAGUAAUGGGCACCUUUGGGUAUUUGGCGCCUGAGUAUGCAUCUUCUGGCAAGCUAACAGAAAAAUCCGAUGUAUUUUCUUAUGGAGUCAUGCUUCUUGAACUUAUUACUGGGCGGCGACCAGUUGAUACAACCCAAACAUAUAUGGAUGACAGCUUGGUUGAUUGGGCAAGGCCAUUACUGAUGCGAGCACUUGAGGAUGGUGAAUAUGAUGCCUUGGUGGAUCCUCGUCUGGGAAAGGACUUCAAUCCUAAUGAGAUGGCAAGAAUGAUAGCCUGUGCAGCUGCAUGUGUACGCCAUUCUGCACGUCGUCGGCCACGUAUGAGUCAGGUCGUUCGGGCUUUGGAAGGUGACGUGUCUUUGGAGGAUCUUAAUGAAGGUGUUCGGCCUGGUCAUAGCCGCUUCUUUGGGUCAUACAGCAGCUCCGAUUACGAUUCUGGCCAGUACAACGAGGACAUGAAGAAGUUCAGGAAGAUGGCAUUUAACAACAACUACACCAGCAGCCAAUACAGCGCGCCAACCAGUGAAUACGGCCAGAUACCAUCUGCGUCAAGCAGUGAGGGCCACCAGACGCAGGAGAUGGAGUCAGGCGCAAUGAAGAAAGGUGGCUACAGCGGCUACAGCUCAGGAUACAGCGGAGCCUCGUGAGGGAAAUUCCCUUUUCUCCUUUUGUUUUAUUUUUCUUUUGAUGUUUCCAUUAUUGCAUUUGUAAAGUCUGGCCGAAUUAUAUGACCAAAGUUGCUGACUUGCGCGUGAUGUAUCUAAGUUUGACCGAGUAUAGUUUUAUGUAGCUGCAAUCGUUUAUUCUUUCAUGAAAAUUGUUCUUGACCAAUGUUUGCCUGUGCAAUUCAAAGAGAGCUAAUUGGAUGUUGAUGUA